AUGUGGCCCCUGUGCGCGCUGCUCGGUCUGGCUCUCUCCCUGUGGCGCGUAGCAGGAGGGGCCAUCAGCCUCUCCUCCGGCCCCCGGAGCCUGAGCCGUGCGGUGCAGGAGCAGGUGACCUUCUGGGUGGAGGUGCAGUGUGACGGGACGCCCACCUUCCACUGGAGCUUCAUGUCUGGGACGGUGAGCCGCUCCAUCGCCUCCUGGAGCCCGGGGAACUUCUCCAACAUCACGGCCGACUACAGCAGCAGGGUGCAGGCUUUCUCCAACGGCUCCAUGGGCCUCUCCGACCUGCGGCUGCCGGACGCCGGCUUCUACGUGCUCACGGUGACCGAGGAGGGCGGAGCCACACGCGACCUGGGCUUCGUGCUCAAAGUCACAGAGGUGCUGUACGAGGACCUGCAGUACCUCUCGGUCUCCGCUCUGGCCCUGGGCUGUCUCGUCGCGCUGCUCAUGUUCAGCGUGUGGCUCCUUGACAAAGUGUACCACCGCGUCAGGGUCUGGAUGCGCCGGAAGCGUAUGCCAGAGGCGCAUUUGACGGAGCUGCAGCCGCUCUGA